GUUUUACACAUGAUUUUCAUGAGGAUCCUGCAGAAGGUCUAUGGGAUCCGCCUGGAGCAUUUCUACAUGAUGCCAGUCAAUGUUGACAUUACGUAUCCACAGAUCUAUGAAGGCUUCCUACCUGUUUGUAAUUUGUAUAUUCACAUGGAGCGCUUCCUUCCAGUGUGCCGGAUUAAUGACUUUCAAAUUGCUGAUGUUUUAAACCCAAAAACCAAGAGGACAGCUCGUUUCUUGAGUGGCAUUCUCAACUUUGUCAACUUCAGAGACCGCCGACGGGAGGUCUACUUGGAGUUACAGAGGAACUAUAAAUCAGCUAUGGACAAACACCAACAACUGGAGACAGCAAAUCGAGAGGCAGUAGUGAAGCUGGAGAAAUUGAAUACUGUUCCUGUGGAACAUCAAGCAGAGGUCAAGCAACUGACAGAAGACAUCAGAGAACUGGAGCAACUGCUAAGACAGGACUAUCGUAGGAAACAAACAGCUUUGCAAGAAGUGAUUUUGCAAAAGAAGUCAUACAUUGCAGAGAGAACCCGGAGACUGAAUGAGUUCAGAGUGACAAUGGCUGCUUUGAAAGAAGAACAAGAACAGCUGAAAUCAAAAAUUGUGGAGAGUCCAGAUGAACUGAAAAAUCAGAAAGAACUGAUGAAAGACACUGUUAAGAAACUCAAGAAAUCCAAGCAAGAAAUUAUUGAGAAAUAUGAAUGUUACAGAGACCUAGUUGAGGUUCUGCCAUCGUGCCAACAGGAGGUGCAGUUUUAUCAAAAGAGGAUGGAAAGACAGGGAGCAAAUGUGGAAAGAUUGGCCAAUGCAUUAUCAGAGGUCAGAAAUCUGGAGGACAUGCUUGAGAGUGCUCAGAUAGAGCUGAAAAAGGCAAAAACAGAUGAAAUGACCUUAAAGAGACUGGUGGCUGCAAAACAGCAGAAGUUGGCUGUAGCUGAGCUGAGGAUCAAAAAGAAGCGGGAAGAUGUUGAGCAGCAAAAACAAACUGUGUUUGAAUAUUGUAAGAAAGUUCAGGAGAAGAGGGGUGCUGGAUAUGAUAAAGUGACAGCCAUCCGCAAGGAAAUCCAACAGACAAGGUUAAAACUUCAGCAGCUGAAUGAGAAUGCUGAAAAAGAGGAAACAAAAGCCAAGGAAAUAUACCUGAAUCUGAAGACUGCGCUGGAGAAGCAUCACGACUCUCUCAUUAAGACAGCAAAGAGUUAUGCAGAUUCAAGAAAAGACAAAAUUGCUGAACUGAAGAAGGGACUGCUUAAAGUUUAG